UGUGAUAAACUUCGUUAUUUUCAGAUAAAAUGGCGGCCCACGAGCAGCCGAUUAAUAUAUUCAAAUCUGCCUUAGAACGUGAUGUUUCUACUGGUAUUGCUGCAAUUCAAGGCCUUAUGCAGGUGCUUAGGCAGUCAGGAGCUAAAACUUUGCAGGAAUUGAUUGAGCUAUUGAAAUCUGAAGCUGUUAAAUUUAAAGAAGUUGAUUGUUCUGUGAUUGCUGUUACCUCCGCUUGUGAGCUUUUUCUCAGGUUCAUAACCUUAGCGCACACCCAGUUAGAGAGCCAGGAUUUUGCCACCUGUCUCACCCUAAUGCUGGAUAGGGGAACACAUUUCCUUGCUAAACUAGACGUUUCGGGGGAGAAAAUAUCUCAGGGUUUUCAGCCUUUCCUGCAGGACGGAGACAAGGUUCUUGUUCAUGGUAGAUCUAGGAUAGUUCUCUCAGCUCUAGUUAGAGCAGCUAGGUCAGGUGUUGAGUUCCAGGUUUAUCUGACUAGGAGUUCUGGAGAGAAGUUAAAGAAGAGAAUGGAUGCUGAGAAUAUAUCCUGUAUCUUGGUGGAGGAUAUGGGGAUAGGAUAUAUUAUUAACCAGAUCGACUGUGUACUGCUGGGAGCUGAAGGAGUAUGUGAGAGCGGUGGUAUUGUAAACCAGCUUGGUUCUCUUCCUGUAGCUAUAGUAGCUAACAAGUACAAUAAACCUGUUUACACCCUGGUGGAAAGUUUCAAGUUUGUGAGACUGUAUCCUUUAACCCAGGAGGAUAUUCCAAUAGAGUAUCAGUAUCCUGGAGGUAGAAAGGAUGAUGCAACCUGUUCUCCAAGAUUAGAUUAUACCCCGCCCUCCCUUCUCACCCUGCUCUUCACAGAUCUAGGGAUACUAACCCCCAGUGCUGUUUCAGAUGAACUUAUUAACCUGUAUUUAUAAUAAACGAUUAUAAAUCACAUCAAAAA